GACCGAGGAGGCGACUUUUUUCUGGACCGUCACGAAAGUCGGCCAAUUUAAUCUUCUUUUGACCUCUCUUCGUGUCUCUCCUUUGCCUUUUGGUGUAACCCAUUUCUUCUUAUCUGAUCCGAAUCGACCCUGCCGACUUUGUCGUCGGAUUCUUAGCUCAAUUGUCUCCUUUAUCAACUUCAAUUCGAUUUCGCAGCUCCCAACCCGACCGAACCGGAGUCCGACCUACACCUUUCAAUUCUCGGCCAGCAUUCGAUCGAUAGCAAUUGUUGUCUAUACCGCCCCGAUAUCUCUUGGUGAUGGUGAAUACUGUCGGCAAUACCACCGCCAUGGCGAACUCAACCGUCAUGUCGGAUUUGCCAUCCCUUCCUAGUUACAGCCUUUCGCCGCUGCCCGACCUGUUGCCAUUCAUCUCCGACUUUUGGCUUCCCAUCAUUCUCCCACACAUCGCAUACUGGAUCUUGUCGCUCUUCUUCCAUAUCAUCGACGUCUACGACCUGUUUCCCCAGUACCGUCUCCACACCCCUGACGAGAUCACCUCUCGAAACCACGCCACCCGCACCGAGGUUCUCCGUGAUGUUAUCAUACAGCAAAUCAUCCAAACCAUAACGGCUGCAGUGCUGGGUGCCACCGACGAGCCUCAGAUGGUGGGCGGUGAAGAUUAUGCUGUCGCGGUGUGGGCCACGCGCAUUCGCCUGGCUCAGCGCGCCCUUCCCACGAUACUCGGCGUGUUGGGUCUCAACGCCGCCGCCCUGUCCAAGAACAUGGCCUCGACUGGCCAUACUUGGCUCGCUGGUGCACUCGCCGGAGGUCACUACCCCGCCAUGUCGGACGAGUUCGUCGCCGGUGCGACAACAGACGCUGCUUUCGCGGCGUGGGAAUUGGGCCUCGCCAAGGCGAUUUACUGGUUCAUGCUUCCUGCGUUCCAGUUCUGGUUCGCAGUUGCAUUCCUCGACACCUGGCAAUACUUCUGGCACCGUCUCAUGCAUGUGAACAAAUGGAUGUACACCAACUGGCACUCUCGUCACCACCGGCUUUACGUUCCCUACGCUUACGGUGCCCUGUACAACCACCCAAUUGAAGGCUUUGUGUUGGAUACUGCAGGAGCUGGCCUCGCCUACAAGCUUUCUACAAUGACCCCGCGGAUGGGUAUGGUGUUCUUCUGCUUCAGCACCAUAAAGACGGUUGACGACCAUUGUGGCUACAAAUUGCCAUGGGAUCCGCUGCAGAGGAUCACGAGCAACAACGCCGCCUACCAUGACAUCCAUCAUCAGAGCUGGGGUAUCAAGACAAACUUUUCGCAGCCUUUCUUCACCAUCUGGGAUAGGUGGCUGAACACAAUGUAUAAGGGUGAUGUCGCAGACAAGUACGAGAGGGCCAAGAACGCCGCUGCUAACAAGGCGGCAAAGACUGCAUCUGCCAAGGCGCAGUAGAAGUCGAAAUCCCAGGUGGGAUGGCCUUGGGAUUCAAAAUCAACUACCUCUCUAUAUUUCAUUUGUUAUUCCAAUCCUUUUUUCAAUGGCUUUGUCGCAGCCGUUCUUUUUUUUUUUUUUUUUUUUUUUUUUUUUGCUUUACUUCCCACCC